ACAAUAGCAGUCUAAACAUUAUCCCAUCAUCAAUACUUCUGGCUUCAGAUAAACGAGAAAAGAAAAAAGUUGUUAUUCUUGGCACUGGUUGGGGUGCUGUCAAUUUUUUAAGAAAUUUGGAUCCUGAUUUGUACGAGAUUGAGAUUGUCUCACCAAGAAACUAUUUCUUGAUGACCCCCCUUCUUCCUAGUGUUACCGUGGGAACAUUGGAAGCUCGUAGUUUAGUUGAGCCAAUCAGGAAGCUAUACAGUAAAUGGCACAAGACUGACAUAUAUUUUCACGAGGCUGAGUGUGUAGACGUUGAUGUUGAAAAUCAUGUAGUGAAGUGUCAAGAUAUUUCAGGAAUAGCAGGUGAAAAUCCUGAGUUCACUUUAAAUUACGAUCUUCUCAUCGUUGCUGUUGGUGCUCAAAAUAAUACUUUUAAUACACCUGGAGUAGAAGAAAACUGUCAUUUUUUAAAAUCCAUCAACGAUGUUAACGCUAUCAGAAAUAAUAUUCUUGACUGUUUUGAAACUGCUGCAAUGAAAGGACGGUCGGACGAUGAAAUCAAACAGUUGUUGCAUUUCGUUGUAGUCGGAGGAGGACCGACUGGUGUAGAAUUUGCUGCAGAACUUUGUGACUUUGUGAAAGAAGAUUUGAUAAAGCAGUAUGGAAAACUUUCAGAAAUUGCUCAAAUAACAUUGGUACACAGUCGAGAUCAUAUUUUGAAUAAUUAUGAUGAACAGAUCAGUGACUACACUGAAAAGCGUUUUAAGUCAGAUAUUGUUAACUGUGUGACAAAUUCCCGUGUCACGGAGGUCAUUGAUCAUUCUCUUGUUAUCAUGGACAAAAUGUCAAAACAAAAACGUAACGAAAGAUUUGGUGUGUGUGUAUGGGCUACUGGUAUAGCUCCUUGUCCUCUUACUAAGAAAAUUGCUCAGAAAUUACCUCAGCAAAACAACAGGCAUGGUCUUGUUACGGAUAAAUUUCUAAGAGUGAAGGGCAGUAAUGGGACUAUUUAUGCAAUUGGUGACUGCGCUGUUGUUGAACAAGAAAAAAUUACAGAGUCCAUUGAUGAAUGGUUUAAAAAAGCAGACAAAGAUUUCGAUGGCUCCCUUGACAUUGACGAAUUUACAGCUAUAAUGGAACAAGCCAAAGAGAAAUAUCCUCAAGUGUCGUCUUACUUCACAUCUGCAUGGAAAACGUCGAUAAAAAAGGCCUUUAAUGAGGUGGAUGAAGAUGGCAACAAGAAAUUAAAUGUAAACGAAUUUCGAGACGUUUUGAAGAAGGUGGACAGUAAACUACGAAGUUAUCCUGCAACUGCACAAGUUGCAUCUCAACAAGGUCGUUAUCUUGCCAAAUUGUUUACCAAAAUUCAUUCGUCAGAAAAUGAGGACUUUAAAGAUUUGGAUUUACAACCAUUCUCAUAUCGCCAUCUUGGAUCCUUUGCCUAUGUUGGAGAUGAUAAAGCCGUCUUAAAAGUACCUAUUUUAGGUACUUUGUCUGGCUGGUGGGUGAUGUGGUUGUGGAGAGCGACGUAUCUUAAUGAAUGUGUUGGAUGGCGAACGAGGAUCUUGGUUGCGUUUGAUUGGAUAAAAACGAAGAUAAAUGGACGUGAUACUUCAAGAAUUUAAUGGACAUCCCAUGAUUUGGAUAAAUCUUCUCACAUCAUGCACCUGUAUUUUGUUGAGAUUCUAGAAUGUUUUUUAUUCAAUAAUUUUGCAGUUAUUAUAAUAUUGCUUUGGGCUCAGGUUUUUUUAAAGAUUUGGUGACAACGACCCAAAAUGAAGUAUUUUGAUUAGUAGUUGUAAUAUUCUAUUAUAUUGUUCAUUAUUAGAUUUUCUUUUAAAUUUUCUUAUGUAAAUCAAGUUUUUUCGUCCUCAGAAUAGACUAGCAUGUAAAUAAUACUGUACGUUUUCUAUCUAGAUAACUGGAAAGUCCAGCCCGCUAUUUUUUGUCUAGCAUUUCAGCAGAACGCUAUCAUUAUUCAUUUGUCUGGAAUAUCACAGACUUUACAAUAUGUGAGUUAACAUAAUUCUCUCAAAAUAGCCCUUCGGUGUGUGAACACAUUCAUAGAAAAUAAAAAAUAUUUUGCACCUUUGAA